AGUGUCAAAAGUGUCAAGUGAAAAAGUCAAUAUUGAAAUUUUAUUACUUUUUAGCGAAUGCAAUGCACUCAAAAUAUGAAUGAAGUCACCUUUCUGUGGAAGGGUUAAUAAUAUAUUAGAAAUUUUUGUGUUUACCCAUGUAAACUUGGAAAGUAUUGCCAUCCAAUAACCACAAACUUACGGUUUAAAAUUUCCAAAAGCCCUGUCUAAUCCCAUUAACCCAGCUCAUCUUUUAAAUAUCUACAAUUCAUUUCAGUAUAAAUAUUAUCAAGUAGUAAACUUCAGUGCUGAAUUUUAUCCGUGUGUGUUCGUUAGUUCGUCAUUCUGUCUGUAGUCUGUAGCCUUUCACUCAUCAAAACGACCAAAGUUCAACCUACUUAUCAGUGAAAGUUAAGUGGUGAAAUUAUCAGUAAUAGUGUGAUAUAAUACUAAAAGAUAAAGGAUGGCUGGUAUGGCAUCUAGGGAAGAUAUCUAUAAAAAACAAAAAACAUGCCUGCAAGUUGCAACAAAUGUUACUGAGCAAAAGCAUCAUGUAUCCAGAGCUAAAAGGGGGCAAAUCCUGGGGCAUCUGCGAGGAUUUAGAGGGUGUACAGUUUGGUUUACAGGGUUAUCAGGAGCCGGUAAAACUUCCAUUGCGUUUGAACUAGAGGCUUACCUCGUAUCCCACGGAAUACCAGCCUAUUGUCUUGAUGGCGACAACUUAAGAACAGGGUUAAACAAAGACCUGGGAUUCUCCAAACAAGACCGAGAAGAGAAUAUCCGACGAGUAGCCGAAGUGGCGAAACUGUUUGCAGAUGCCGGCCAAAUAUGCCUCUGCAGUUUCAUUUCUCCCAGUGCCGAAGACAGAGAUGUCGCACGUCGUAUUCAUCGAGACAGUGAUCUUAAGUUUUUCGAAGUAUUCAUUAACACCCCAUUGGAAGUUUGCGAACAAAGAGAUACUAAAGGUUUGUACCAGAAGGCAAGGAAGGGUAUUAUCAAGGGUUUUACAGGUAUUGAUCAACCUUACGAGAAGCCGGAACUUCCAGAGCUUGUGGUGAAAACAGUCAAUUGUUCGAUAGAGCAGUCGACUAUGCAAGUUGUCGAGAUGUUACAAGAGAACGGAAUAUUGCCUUUUGUGCAAGAAGAGAAGGAUGUUAUUCCCGAAUUGUUUAUUCCAAAAAGUAUGCUAGCUAGUGCUUAUGAAGAAGCUGAAUCCUUACCUAGGCUUCAGAUUACUGAAUUAGAUUUACAGUGGCUGCAGAUUCUCAGUGAAGGAUGGGCGUACCCCUUAAAAGGUUUUAUGCGUGAGGACCAAUACUUACAAACACUCCAUUUCAACUGCCUUCAGAACGAGGGCAAUCCCGUCAGUCAAAGCAUUCCAAUCGUCUUGCCCCUUACUACCAUGGACAUGGAACGUUUGAAAGAUGCAUCUGCUAUUGCGCUAUUAUACAACAAUGAGUGUUAUGCUAUUCUCAGGAAACCAGAAUUUUUCUACUCUAGAAAAGAAGAGAGAGCUGCAAGGCAGUUUGGUACUACGAAUAAAGAUCAUCCUUAUGUAAAGAUGGUAUACGAAUCGGGUGACUGGUUGGUCGGAGGUGAUGUGGAAGUAUUCCAAAGGAUAAAAUGGAAUGAUGGGCUAGAUAAGUAUAGAUUGACACCCAAAGAACUUAGAAACAAGUUCAGAACUAUGGGAGCUGACGCAGUUUUCGCCUUCCAACUGAGGAACCCCAUUCACAACGGGCACGCUUUGUUAAUGACAGACACCAAGAAGCAACUACAAGAAAGGGGUUACAAGAAGCCCGUCCUGCUUCUCCAUCCUUUAGGUGGUUGGAUAAAAGACGAUGACGUCCCUCUACCAACCAGAAUCCUUCAACACCAAGCAGUCCUCGACGAAGGUCUGCUAGAUCGCACUUCAACAGUAUUAGCCAUUUUCCCCAGUCCCAUGAUGUACGCAGGGCCUACCGAAGUCCAGUGGCAUGCCAAAGCAAGAAUGAACGCUGGUGCGAAUUUCUAUAUCGUAGGAAGAGAUCCAGCUGGCGUUACACAUCCUGCUGGAAAAGAAGCAUCUCCCGACGGCAAUCUUUACGAUCCUACGCAUGGUGGAAGGGUAUUGAAAAUGGCUCCAGGUCUAAAUUCACUAGAAAUCAUUCCGUUCAGAGUGGCAGCUUACGACAAGAAGCACAGAAAAAUGGAUUUCUUCGACGUUUCCCGUAAAGAAGAUUUCGAGUUCAUAUCAGGUACCAAAAUGAGAACUCUCGCUAGGAACGGUGACACUCCCCCUGAUGGUUUCAUGGCACCGAAAGCGUGGGAAGUACUAGCUGGAUAUUAUCAAAAUUUAUCCAAAUGUUAACUAUAUUGCAUAUAUGUUUUAUAUUUGUAUAUACAGCUAAAAGCAUGACGUUACACGAAAUGGUUUAAGUGAUGAACAUUUCCAAACAAAUUUAUGUUGUAGUGCCCGGAUUGAGUAGUGGUACAGUGUUGUCCUCUUCCAUUCGCUUUGCGGAGGGUGGAUUUUUGAUUUGGUAUUUUAACUAACGGUUUAGAACCACUUGCAUAAAUGAGCCAAUCUUACACAAGCACAGUAUUACAACAACUACAUAACCCGUCGAUCAAUAUGUCCCGGGCCUAACUAGUAAAAGAACAUUUUGUGCAAAAAUAUUCAUCAAAAUAACCUUUAGCGGCGAUAUGAUCAUUCCAACGCUUUUCUAAUUUUUCGCUGCCGUCCUUGUAAAAUAAUUUAUGUUUGCCUUCAAUUCCGUCGAUUACUUCUUCAUCGGAGUCAUUUCUUGCCUCGGAGCAUUUUUUUUAUCGGGAAAAGUAGGUAAUCGCUGGGAGCUAGAUCUAGACUAUACGAUGGGUGCAGAAGCAAUUCAAAAUCCAAUUCAAGCUUGCAACAAGUUUGAUACAUCAAACAUGAAAUCUUGCUGCAGGUUUGCCAUGGCAACUUUGCAAACUUGCAGCAAGUUUAAAUCAAACUUGCUAGUUACAGUGUGACAAACUUGCAUGAAAUUUGUUUUUUCAAACUUGAUACAAACUUGAUAUAAUAAACUUGCUGAAGGUUUGUUUUUGUUUUGUUGCAUGAAGUUUGUUUUUUCAAACUUGAUACAAACUUGCUUAAGGUUUGUUUUGACAUACUAGCCACAAUUUGAAUAAAAAAUACAAUACCAUUUUAUAUAACUAUUUAUUCAGUAAUCACUCAGCUAAAAUAUAAUCUAUUGUCUAAAAUUAUUUAUUGGAACUUACAUUAAACCCGCUAGCUUCAGAUUCCGAUGCUCAGUUUUGUAGAUCAGCUCUGAAACAAAUAAAAGAAAUUGUUAUAAACUCUUGCUGUGUGAACAGAAUUAAUAUAUUUAUUUUAGAUAGUAUGUAUGUAAAUACAGCUAGAAGUUAGGAAAAACAUAAAAAAAACUUACCUCAAUUUCACCAAAGCAAAAAGAAUACCAAUCUGUACCUAAUCACCACAAGCAGGUGGGUCUAUGAAAAACUGAAGAAAGGAAGCUUCAUCUUAGUAAUUAAAGUAAUAGUCUCGGAGAAUUGUACGGUAAAUGUUGUAAAAAACUCAAAGAAAAAUAUCAACAUAGGAUAAGACAAAACCACAAAUUAUCACCGCUUGGCAGGUUACUUUUCCCGUGUUACCAGCUGUCGAGUAAGCUUUUUCUCUCAACGGACCUUAAAAAUCACACUUUUAGGAUAAAAUUCCCUGCUAUGCUCCUAUUUAAAAAAUCUGUGAAAAUAUGUUGAGUUAUUUUCAAAUAUUUUGAUUUUUUUUAAUAUUUUACAAUUUGGACUGGAGCAAAGAUUCCCUUAUAAGUUAACUUUUUCCCUCUUAUUUUGAAAAUUUUUGCAAAAAGGGAAAUUUACCUCCGGUGGCAACACUUUCGUUUUCGUGGGCGUGACUUCAGUCAGGGUAACGAACGAAACCGAACCGACCGUGACGUGUAAUUCAACCAAAUAGAUGGCACGCGUGACGUGGCUUGUAGCUAUAAACUUGAAUCAUCAUCUUUGUCAUAACAAUAUUGCAGCAAACUUGACACAAACUUGCCUCGUCAUGUUUGACGCAGCAAUUUAAAAUCAAAGUAGAAUCAAACUUGCCACAAGUUUACAUGCUAUCUGGGUGACUUGUGACAGGGUGCAUUGUUUUGCUGAAACAACAAUGUUUUCUCGAACAAAUGAGGCCUUUUCUUUGCGAUUUCUGUCUUCAGACGUUUCAAUAAACCAAUAUAGUGGUCGCGUUUGAUAUUUUCUCCAUAUUUAAAAUAGUUAGUGAAAAUAAUUCCUUGCUGGUCUGAAAAUGCGUAGGCCCAUAACCUUUCCGUCGCUGUGUUGUGUUUUGGUCGCUUUGGACGGCUUUCUUCGGGUGUUGUCCACUCAGCUGACUGCCGAUUUGAUUCCUUAGGGAAGUGAUGGAUCCAUUGUGAUAUACAGUCGAACCCGCUUAUUAGAGUACCGGUUAUAUGAAUAUCCCGGUUUAUGGAAUAUAAAUUCGAGGUCCCGAAACGUUUCCAUUCACUCCUUAAUAAAUUUAUCCGUUUAUUGGAUUACGUAUUCAUAAAACAAUACCGUUUAUUAGAGUAAUAUUUUUCAGAUUGACGAAUAAAUUUUUACCUACAAUUUCGAAUUUCCUAAAAAUUCAAAUUAUGUCUUGUACUAUGGUUUCUCGCCAAGGGCUUCGAAGGCCUGUAGUGCUGUUUUAUUUAUAUUAUUUGGGUUUGUCAGAUAGGUAAUAAAUAUUUUAUUGCAUUGUUAUGACUACCAAUUCAAUCGUUUACCGACAAAUCCAGUCAUAAAAUAAUUUCCUUUCUCUAGAAACUGUACAUAUUGCCACCCAGUUGCAUGUUAUAAAAUUUUUAAGAAACAGUUCGGCCAUUCUAGUCGCUUGUAAAGUUAUAAAACGUUUUCGGGAUGGCCAAACCAUUGUAAAUUUUUCUAAUAUUUAUAUAUAAUUCAGAGGAACAAAAGUGACUAGUAUUUUAUGUAACAAAAAAACAAGCUACAAUUACCGAUUAUUUUUCAAGAUUAAAUAAGUAACUUUCUUAUUAAGUAUAGUAUGUAUUUUAAUACGAAAAUAUUUACAUAAUCUAUAUAUUGCAUACAGUUCAUAUUAAUUACUGUAUUCAUCCACAUAAUAUAAUGUAAUUUGGUUUUUUAAUAAAUACAUUACGCUAUUGUAUUAUUGACAUAAAAAGGCCUAAAACCAUAUACAUAUAUAUAAUAUUAACGUACCAUGUACUAUUAUUACGUAUGUUCGGUAGGUACACUUAUUACGGCUAGCCACCAAUGAUCGGUUAUUAGAAUAUCCCGGUUAUAAGAAUAUUUUUUGCUUGGCACGAAGGCUAUUCCAAUAAGCGGGUUCGACUGUACCGACCCAAAAACUCCGACUUAUUCCGAUUAAACAUGUUCAAACAGCACUGGCAUUCAUCAAUUCGUUUUUGGUUUUGCUCUGGUGUGAGAAAUCGCGACACCCAUUUGGAUAAUAGCUUUCUCAUACCCAAAUGUUUAUGUAUAACAGUCAUAAUGCUAAUUUGAUAACUUUAAAGUGUCGACUAUCUCUUGCAACUUCACUUUGCGGUGUUUCACAAUAAUUAUCAGCAUUUUUUCGAUGUUUUCGGGAAUAACCAUCAUUUGGCCUUCUGGAGCUCUCGGCAUCAUUGUUUAAUGGUUCUCUUGUCCACUUUGUACUUCUACUUUUCCCUCUAGAAUUAGUUGCUACAAACCAUACCUUCAGUGGCGUGCUGGCCAUAUAAAUGAAUCAGUGCAAUCACCGAGAGGCCGCGGCCUCUUGAGGCCGGUAAAAAUUCUGAUAAUAGAAGGUAAAAUAAGGAUGGGAGGGCGCUUUCCUAUAAAAUCACCGGGUCGCUUGAAGAGCUCCAGCACGCCACUGCAUACCUUCCGUUUCUUCUCAUGAUGUGCCCGAGGUAUUCGAUUUUGACAAUUGUGGUUAAUAGCUCUUUUUCUUUUUGUAUUCUUAAUAAAACGGCCUGAUUAGUGACGUGGUUGGUAUAGUAUGUCUUCAGGAUUCGAAAGCCUCAAUUUACUUGCAGAUAGCCUCUGUGAAAGUCCUCGAGGUAACUCAGUAGAACAAUACAGGAAAGAUAUAACAUCGUAGUAACCUGAUUAUUAUGGGUAUUGAUCAAAUACUAUUAGUCGGAGAGAUAGAAGCGGAUUUUGUGCGUGAUAAGUAAUAUGGAAAAACUAUACGGGGAUAUGUUGAAUUAGUUGUGUAGAUGACUUUCACCAACGGCCGAAAACCAGAGUGGGGGUCGAGGGUAGUUUUAAGGGGUCAAAGUCGCAGUGUGUAUUAUUUUUUUUUGUGACCUGGCACAACAUUUGUCCCCCACGUAGCGUUCCGCCCCUGGAAAUUUUACUUAGUAAUGUCAUGAUCUACUUAUUCCCAAAUUUUGGUGCACUAUCUCGAUCAGGAGCGUCACAAAAAAAAUAAUAAAAAACGGGUCUUUGACCCCUUAUAAAACUACCUUCCUCCCCCACUCUGGUUUCCGGCUCUGGGGAUUUUACUUACUUAGGUCAUGGUCAACUUAUACCCAAAUUUUGGUGCACUAUCUCAAUCACGAACGUCGCAAAAAGCCCCUUAUAUUUUUUAUAUUUACCCCUACCCCACCCCUUUGUCGGCCCCGCAGCGUUGCGCCCUAGUGAUUUUACUUAGACACGUCAUGACCUACUUAUUCCCAAAUUUUGGUGCACUAUCUCGAUCAUGAGCGUCAUAAAAAAAAAUAAUAAAAACCGCGAUUUUGACCCCUUAUAACUACCCUCGGCCCACACUCUGGUUUCCGGCCGUUGGUGAAAGUCAUGUACACAACUCAUUCAACAUAUCCACAUAUAGUUUUUCCAUAUUACUUAUCACGCACAACAUCCGCUCCCAGCUCUUAGACUAUAUAGACUGUAAUACAUACAACUCUUGACAUUUCCCAUUAAUUUUGAGGAAGCAAAAAAAUAGCGCCAUCUAGCGGUAUGAGUAGGAUAACCAGAGCAAUCUAACCUUACAUUUUUAAAAUUGCUUUAUUAUUGUUUUUGUAUAAGUGUUUGAACUAUUUUUAUUUUAAUUUAAUUUAAAAAAUUAGCUCGUUAUUCAAAAAUUUAUAAAAUUAAAUUUGAAUGUUUACGUCAAAUUUUACGUUGUCAAAACACACAGUAGUUCAACUCAAGCCGACAGUGGCGCUAGUGGCAACGUGCUUCCAGAUUUCUGUGGGAGUUGAAUGUAUUACAGUCAAUAGUAUUUGUAUUGAUAAAUCAUGAAAUUUGAAUACCUUAGCCAAUUUUGAAAUGCUGACCUUGCUUUCUCUACCCUACAUCAAAUUUCUAGGGGAAAAAUUAAACAUUAUAAAAAAAAGGUUAUAUUAACUUUUAUGUGGUACUGAAAGUUUGUUUGGAAAUGUCUCAUCACACUUUGAUAGUUUAUUUGGUAACUAAAGUGUGUCUAAUGCAGUUGUACACAGUAAAAUUGUUAUUACGAGCAUGUUGAACAUAUGGAAAUGUUUUAUAAUUCGCUAAAACGCGACUUUUGACAAGAAAUCAGAAAAUGGUAGAAAGAACAUGAUUUAAUAAUUUUUUAGACAUUUUAACGUAGGUAAGCAGUGAGUAAGUAAAAUAAGUAAGAUACUAAACAUAGGUUCAGCUAAUUAUCGUGUUAUUUUCAGUAUUUAUUCGAGAUUAGAAACCAUUAUCUAGACAUUAAAAUUAUCCUCAGUGAGGAAAUAUAUAAUUAAGUAUUAUAUGCUUCCAUAAUUCACACCUAACGUCACUUUUUACAGUUUUAUUGGGCUUUGAAUUCGUUUUCUCUCGCUGCGAAAGUUGUGAAACAGAAGAGUUUAGGACUCUCUGUCAUUCCAUCGUUUUCGUGGUCUUCCCACCGAUCGUCUUCCUAUUGGGGAACUGUCUCUCGCCGUCCUUACUACUCUAUUUGUUGUCAUUCGGGUUAUGUGGUCGUUCCAUUCUACUCUUCUGUUUUUUGCCCAGUUAUUAAUAUUGUCCACCUUGCAUCUUCGUCGUAUAUAUGCACUUCUAGCUCUAUCCCAUAGUAUCUUACCGUGGAUAUUUCGAAGGGUUUUCAUCUCUGCUGUUUCUAGUAUUAUUUUUGUCUUUCUGUAUUAGGUCUUGUUUCUGCCGUGUAUUUACUUAUUGGUCUGAUGACUGUUUUUUAAAUUCUGCUUCUUCUUUUCCAAUAUUUUUAUUUCUCCAUAUCGUUUCAUUCAGGCAACCUUCGGCUCUAUUUGCUUUAUUCAAUGGAUCUUCCACAUCUGUUUCUAGCAAUCCGUAGCUAGAUAGUGUGAUGCCUAGAUAUUACUUGUUCUGUUAUCUGACCCUUCAACUCUUAUUUACAUCGUAUUUGAUUUACUAUUAUAAUUUGGGUCUUUUUGGGGAAAUUAACAUGUUACAUUUUCAAGCGGGUAUAUCAAAUACUUACUUACUUUCUGUGUCCGGAACACCAACAACUUUAAAUUCUGUAUUUCCAAUGGUUGGCCACAUAGAUGGCACUGUCAUUUGCUAUAAUUAAGUCUUCUUCUGUGCAGGUCUCUCUCAUCUCUGUGCAUGAUAGUAGAUGCCGGCUGGUCUGAACCCGCAGGUAUCGUCCUCCUGGUAUCCCAAUUUUUUCAGGUUACUAGCACAACGUGAAACGCCGGUUCUUAGUCUGUUUAGCGCUUUCCAAGUCGGAUACGGUAAAUUGUGUCCAGCAGCAGCCAUUUCCUCUGAGGGAGGAAAAUGUGUCGCGGUAGCUGACGCUUGCCAUAGGUGUAUUCGGCGCGUCUCUGGCGCUUCGGGGAUGGAUCUUGAUGUUUUCAGGAAGCUUUUCCGAGAUCUUAGUCUGCUUGGCUGAGUUUGGUGGUCAUAUAAGGGUCUUCGGUCCGUCUCCUGCUUUUUCCGUUCUACCUCUGACGUGACCUUCCUCCUGAUAGGUGGUGGAGCAAUUCCAGCUAUGGGGUAUACCUCUUCGAUAGGUGUCGGUUUCAGGCAACCCGAUAUUAUACGGACCGUUUCAUUUAGAGCCACGUCGACGUUCUUUGCGUGAGCAGAGUUUGCCCAUACUGGUGCUCCAAACUCCGCGGCCGAAAAACAUAAUGCCAAGGCAGAAGUGCGGAGAGUGUGUGGUUGUGCUCCACAUUUUGUAUUAGUUAGCUUGCGGAUGAUAUUAUUUCUCCCACUUACUUUCUUCUUGACAUCUUGACAGUGGUAUCGGUAAGACAGAGUUCUAUCCAGACGGACGCCAAGGUGUUUUGGCGUCUUGUUGUGUUCCAGCAUCUGACCACGCCAUUCACCUCCAGCGGCCUUCGGGCAUGCUUGUUUCUCAGGUGGAAAGCACAUACCUGGGUUUUUGUGGGAUUGGGUUUCAGAUGGUUUUUAUCAUAGUAUAGAGCUAAGUCUCCCAGGGCAUCUGUCAGUUUCACUUCGACUUCAUUUUUUGUUGGUGUAUGGGUUGGUCGUUGGUGUAUAUGUUGUAUAGAAUCGGCGCGAGGACACUUCCCUGUGGUAGCCCAUUUUUUUUUUGGUCCCUCCACCGACUGUUCUUGGACUGGAGCGUUACGUAGAAGCGUCUAUUCUAGAGGAGACAUUUCACUAACCUUGUUAGUCGGAAAUCCUUUGUAGUUUCGUAGAUUUUUGCGAGUAGCCGUUGAUGGUUAACUGUAUCAUAGGCGGCAGUUAGGUCUAUGAACGCUACUCCUGUUAUUUCCUUCCGUUCAAAACUAUCUUCAAUAUGUUGGGUGAGAUUAAGAAUUUGACUGCAGCAGCACUUUCCGGGCCUGAAUCCUGCUUGUUCUGGAAUAAUUUGUCUCCACAUAUUCUGCGAUCCGGUUCAGUAUCAUUCUUUCAAUGGCCUUGAAAAGGUGGCACAAGAGAGAUACAGGUCUAAAGCUCUUUGUAUCUGCCGGAUCCUUCCCUGAUUUUAAGAGGGCUACCACUCUAGCUUUCCUCCAGAUUUUGGGGAUUUGUAAUGUACGGAUGCAGCAAUUCGUCUAGUCCUGUCGCCAGUAGGGGUACAACGGCCUCCUUAAUUCAGAUAGACUUACCCAAGUUUUCUUUAUGUAUUUUGACCCGUAGAACACGAAUUUUUUGGGUAACAGUCGAUCCGGAUGUCGUAGCAAUUCUGCUUAACGUAUUUGAAAGUUCAAGUCAAAUUCUAUCGGUUUUGAUUAUUUUCAUUGCUAAAAUUUAAUUUUUUUAUUGUUAAACGAAGCUAUAAACACAUAGUGAUUGAAUGAUGUUUUCAAUGCAUUUCUAAUUUGAAAUCGAACGAGUAGGCGCGCAUACAGAAUUUCUACGUAUGUUACGUACAUUAAAACGCAUGCAUUGGGCACGGGAAACACUAUGUGUUUAUAGCUUUGUUUAACAAAUAAAAACUUAAUUUUUAGCAAUGCAAAUAAUCAGAACCGAUAGAAUUUGACUCGAACUUUCAAAUGCGGUAAGCAGAAUUGCUAUUUUAUUUUUCAAUCAAAAGUUAUUCGAGUUCAAAAAUUGCAAUUUUUCGAUUUUUUGAAAGUUCAACCGCGUUUAUGUCGAAAACUAUGCAUCCUACGAAAAAACUUGUAAAAACUUUUUUUGCUUAGGAUGAGCCAAAAAAUACAAAAAAAUGUUUUGUUUUGCAACAAAUCGCUGUUAUGUGAUUCCUUAAGUUCUUUGUUUAUAACAAUCUUAUCGACAACCGGAUCGACUGUUACCCAAAAAAAUCUACGGGUCAAAAUACAUAAAGAAAACUUGGGUAAGUCCAUCUGAAUUAAGGAGGCCGUUGUACCCCCCCUGGCGACAGGACUAAUCAUUUUUACGAGCCACUCUACGGUUUUUAGUCCAAAGUUCUUUAUUUGCUCUGUUCGUAUGUCGUCCAGACCAGCCGCUUUAUUAUCUUUCAUUUGGUGGAUCGCGCCUCUCAUCUCCUCUAGACAAUCGGUAUAUCAGGUAUAUCAAAUGAAGCUAGGACAAAUAAUCCCCGGACAAAAAAUCCCCACAAAUUAUCCCUGGCCAAAAAAUCCCCAGACAAGUAAUCCUCAGACAAAUAAUCCCCGGACAAAAAUUCCCUCAAAAAAUCCCCGGACAGAUAAUCCCCGGAUAAAAAAUCCCCACAAAAAUCCUGGACAAAUUAUCUCCACAAUUUUUUUAGACAAAAUAGACAUUGUUUUGAACAUAGCUAUUCAAAGCAGAGUGAGCGAAAGAUUUAAGCGAAUAAUUACAACAUGAUUCCCACAGCCUUAACUCAUUGCCAUAUCUUCCACGAUUUUUGAAAAAACUUACUCUUUUGUCAUGUAAAAUUUGAAGUUUUCGGCAUGGAAUUUGAAUUCAAAAUUUGGUAAUCGAAAUUACAAUUCAUGCUUAAACUUUAGUGGCGAAACGCCGUUUCAUGGCGAUUGCUAUAACUCUCAUGCACUGAGGCUGAAAAACAUUUGAGUCGUUUGCAUUCACGGGAAAACUUUUAGAGAACUAUUGGGCAGCAAAUAUUUCUUGGGGAUUUUUUGUCCAGAAUUUUUUGUGAGGAUAUUUUUCCAAAAAAAUGGGUGAGUAUUUUUUGACCGGGAUAUUUUGUCCGGCGAUUAUUUGUCCCUGGAUUUUUUGUCCAGGGAUAAUUUGUGGGGAUUUUUUGUCCGGGGAUUAUUUGUCCGAACUCCUAUCAAAUUGGUGCAGCAUACGUUGUAAUUCCCAUCGCCAGCUUCAAUUGAGUCAGUUAGUUCUUCUAACUGUUAGUUCUUCUCGUUAUUUUUAACCCUAUUUCCUACAAUAGGGCUUUUAGUAAUUCUAAUUACCAGAAAAAUUUUUCAUCGAGUCAGGCCAUUCGUAACUUUUUGCCUCAGAUGACAGAUAACAAGAUGACUGCCUCUACAAAAUGAGACUUAAGAAACUUCCAAGGCGCAGACGAGUGUCACUACUGUUUGUUUUAACACUGUGCUAUAACUUUUAUUACAUUUACUACGGUUCAUUUCUAAAAAAAAUAUUGUAGUUGAAUGUAAAACAUGGUACAGAACAAUAGCAACAGUAGCUUCAGAACCAUAUCAAUAUUUUUAAUAUCUUUUUAGUUAUUUUAUUAUUUUCUACGGCAGCAAAAUUGAAAGUAUUAUAUUCGUUUAUAUAUUAAUAAUGAAAUUAUUGAGAUUAAAACAUCACUGUUUAAAAAGUAUGAUUUUUAAAAUUAUUAUAAAAUUGUCGGUGUAUAUUUUAUAAAUUAAAAGAGUUUUUCUACGACCGUUUAAUAAUAUGCUCAUUAUUCGCUAUUUUUGAAUAGAUAAUAACACCCAUUACUUAACCCGUGAGUAAUAUUUCAUUACUCACGGGCCAUUACCCACGGGCUGAAGUUAGAUUCAAGUGGUGCAUGGCACUUUUAAUAUACCUAUUAGCAAAUAAAAUUACUCAAACUUGUUUAUUUAAUAAAAUAAUCAGUAGUAAUUGCACAAGAGCUCUGAAACUAUUGAAUUUUUCCCGAGUGACACUUUGACAGUUUUAAUUUCACGAGCCGAAGGCGAGUGAAAUUAUGUCAAAGUGUCACGAGAGCAAAAAUUCUAUAUUAAUUUCAGAGGUCGAGUGCAAUUUGUUGCGAUUAUUUCAUGAAUAAAACUGUUCAAAACCAAAAUUUUAUUGUAAUUUAUUUAUGUAAGUACCAUUAAACACACAGUUUUUAUAAAUAUUUGACGAUUGAAAGUCAUCACUUUUAUAAUUUUUAAAACAUUAAUUGUCAUUAAUGGCACUGAAUGUAUUUUUUCGUAGCAACGAAGGGCAUCUGACGUAAUAUACUUAACGACGGGAGAUUAUCAAAAAUUAUCGAUUUAAUUCAGAUUUCUGUAGCUUUCUAUUGGUCAGAAUCUCCUAUGAAUGAAAUAAUCAUUGUAAUUUAUAUCAACAAUUAAAUUCGAAAAAUGUUAAAGGAUUUUUAACUGUAACAAUGUAUAUUUGUAACAACUGUAACAAAGUAUAUGUAUUUGUUACGUUUAAAUUUCAACAUUUGACAUUUUAAGAUUGACGUUAUUAAAAUGUAAAUAAACAAUCGGUAUUAAUUCCGUAAAAGGACUUACGGAUAUGAAAUUUCCGUACGGAUGUGAAAUAUCAAUGAAUUCUGUUUUACUUACUGUUGAUUGUACAAUAGAUUUUUAUUGAGAGCACACGUUCUUUUUCAUGUAAUUGCCUUAAUAGUUAUUUAUGAUAUGUGUUAAAAGUACACGUUUAAGGGACGCUUGUGAAAGUUUGCAGAAUGAGCGAUAGCGAGUUCUGCAAUUUACAUGAGUGCCUUAAAAAUGUUCUUUUUAACACGCAUAUCAUACAAUAUUUUUUCUACAAACGUAAUUACAGGACAAUAUCUACAAAAACUUUUACUUGAACGUAACUGACAUUCCAUUUUUAUAUUUUUUUGACAUUACAUCAAAAUUGUCUAUACCAGAGGUUCUCAAUCUGUGGUACAUGUACCACUGGUGGUACAUAUCAUUAUUGGCGGUGGUACACAAAACACAGAAAAAAUUAAAAUAGUAGUACUUAGUAAGUAUUGAUAAUACAAUUUAAAAAUAUAGGUGGUACCAAAAAUAAUAAAAAUAACUCUAGGUACAUCACUCAAAAAGGUUGAGAACCGCUGGUCUAUACGGUCAAUACGAACUGCAGUGCCUUAAAUAGCUAUUUGUAUAACAAGGGAGGAAAGUGUAACUUUUCCUCCCGAGAAUGAAGUUUACUGCCCGACGCGUAGCGGAGGGCAGUAAUCAUUCAAGGGAGGAAAAGGCACUUUACUCCCAUGUUAUACAUAUGGGUUUUCCACCUUCCUCAAAUAACAAGUAAUUUUUUCAUUUUUACUUAAUUUAUUUAUGUAACUAACCAACAAAAUUUAUUAGAACUAAAACAACAAGUAGGUACAAUAUAACUGUCAACUGUCAAAUAUAAGUCAAAUUAUUAAUGUAAACAUUGUUAAAUCAAAAUAACAAUUUACUGUUUUUUACCAUUCUGCAAAAUACAGGAUGUUUUAUAAAUAAACGUUAAAAUGUAUAGAUACUUCGUAAUAGAAAAUAGAUAUUAUACAGGGCGUCAAUAAGUUAUAUUUCAUGAAUGAAAUACCAUGACGUCACUUUUACUUUUCCUCCCUAGGGAGGAAAAAUAUUUUCCUCCCUAGGGAGGAAAAGUACAACUUUGCUCCCUACAAUCAGGUCCGGAAAAGUAUACUUUCGGUAGAGGUAGGUGGAAAAAUAUUUUACAGCACUAGUGCCUUAAAGUAGCGUUUUCAACGCACGCAUGGAGUGCUAAAAAUUGCAUUUUUAACACGGUUGUAGAAAAAAUAUAUUAUGUCAUAUUUUUAAGAGCCACCACCAUCCGCCAUUCCAUGGCACUAUUAAUGACAACUGUUUGAUUGUUUCAUAAGCUCAAGAAGGGUAAUUCUAACAGUGUUGCCAUAGUUAUAUAAAAUAUGUUUUCUUAUGAAAAACAAAAUCUUUCGAUUUUAAAUAAUGUUAGUAGUUGAUAAUUAUAUUUUUCUACUAAUCCAAAUAAAAAAGGUCGUAGAAAAAGUAUAGUAUUCUACUUGCAUGUAAUGGCUAUUACAUGCUCGUUGAAUAAUAUGCUAUUUAAUGAUUAGGUUAAGCUUCCAGUGAUGUAUUUUAUCAAUUUGAAAUUGUCUAAAUUUGAACAUUUCUAUAUGAUCAGCAUCCUGUAAAAUGGAUUUUGGGCCCAAGGCCAUUCAUACGAAAAGUGAUAGUGGAGACCAGUGCUCUUUAUUUUUUUAUAUAAAAAUAUUUUAAAAUUGUAUUUCUUUUAGCUUUUUUGUUCAGUUUUUUUAAUUAUAUUCUUUUAUUGGUAGUUAUUUAGAAAUUGCGGGAUUCUCGCGUGCCCAUACAAAUUUACAUAAUUAUUUGUCUCAUUACCAACUUGGUAUCUCUUAUUCAGGGGUUUGGUAAAAAUGCCUUAUGGAUCUGUACGUUAAUGAGUAAUUUGGGUAAAUUUACCCUGUUUUUAUACUGUGACUGUUGGUCUUUUUUUCCACCUUUCAGACAAAGUAAAAAUGAUAACUUUCGGCCAUCUCGUAGUCUGAAUAAUUACCAAAUAUAACGCAAAAGUUUUAUAUAAUCUGUCAUUCAUUGUUCAUUUUACUUUGCUUGUCCGUCUUUUUGACAAUUUGGUUGAAAUUAAUGUUGUUGCAGAGUAAUUUGUAUAAAAGUGAAAAUUAAUAUUACUGUUAGCGGAUUAAAAAAAUUCUGGAUUUUUUGGUUUGCUAAAAAAAUCAAAAAAGGGAAUAUAAACCGCAGCCUAAUUAUUACAAAGAUAAAGAAUAAAAAAUGAUAUUUGAUGACCAAGAAAUAUUAAGACGAUAAAAAUAACAUAUUGAUGAAUUUUGAAACGGAGAAUAUGCAAAUGAUAACAAUGAAUAAGGCACUGAUGGUAGAAAAGACUUAGGCCACGAUAAUGAAGAAUACACAGACUUAACAAUGAAUACGCAAAACUACUGUACGGAAGAUCUAGGGCCAUCCCUAAAUGAAGUUGUAAUUGUUAUUAAGAAUCUAAAAAAACAAAAAUAUCCAGGAAGGGAUUCUAUAGCAGCGGAAAUGUUAAAAUAUGGAGGAGUGUAGCUGACAGACAAAAUACACAAACUACCAAAAAAUAUAUGGGAAAAGGAAGAACUACCGAUGGAAUGGAAGCAAGCAGUGCUAUGUCCUCUUUAUCCUCUUCAGCCCCAAGAAAAAAGUUUUUAUUAUUUUAAUAAUAUUUUCUAUUUUCUCUCCUCUUUUGUGAAAACAAUAAACGAAAAUCUAUAAAAACUUUAAAAAUAGUUAUUUAUGAAACGGUUCGUGAAGUAUGCUUUUUGCGAACGCACGCGAUGUUUAGAGCACGAACGACAACGGAGCGAGUGCUAUACAUCGCGUAAGUUCGCAAAAAGUACUUCACGCACAGUUUCAUACAAUAUUUUAUCUAUGAUGAACAAAUAAAAAAAAACUGUAACUCUUCGUCACUGGAAUCUAUUUCUAUUCUACAAUUUUUAGAACUUUGACAUUUAAAAAUUCUAACUUUUUUCAAACCACAAAACUGUCAAAACUUUUGUCAUAAUUUAUUGCUCAUUAUGUCAUCACCAUGACAACGCGAAAGUUCAGGAUAUUUGAUUAUAUGAAAGUGUGUCACAAACAGUGCGAAAAUGUAAGUCCCAUUUAAGAUACAUUGUUACUUCACGCACACUUUAAACCCUUCACGCACUGCUAUCUAUAAUGACAGUUUUCACAAACUAAAAACUUAUACAUAAUAUGACAUAGAGUAGAUAAAAUUAUUUGACACACAUAAUAUGACAGGUCCAGCAUAAUGGACAUCAGGACUUAGCUUUCAUAUAAUUUAACUAUGAAACUGAAAAAACGUUCUGGUUCAGGAGAAAUACAUAUAUACAUUUUGCAUUUUGUACAAAAGAAUCUCGUCUUCUUAGUGCAUCCAAGUGGUUUAGGCAACGCGAUAAAAAUUUCUAUUGCUGACAGAGCAUAUUGGCAAAUGGUCAUUACUGGUUUUUCUUACAUCUAUAGGCGGUAACUGGAAAACUGCAGACUUUUUACAGGAGUUAUGGACACUUCAACUUAAGAUGUCUCUGGUUCUCUUGAAAUGGACGCACUAGCUUGUCUCCCACUUGCAGGAUUACAACCUAGAGCUAGUGACCUUCCAACAUACAUCUUAAAUUCCUGUAAAUCCAUUUCCUUUGAUCAUUACCGCUAUCUUCACUGAAUAAAAAAUCGUUAUCUGUCAAAAUAGCCUCCAAUUCACGUUCCAGCAGUAUCCUUUUACUAUUUGUAACUAAACUCAAAAAACGUGAGUAUGGUAACAUAUUUUGCUAAUUAAGUCCCAAUGUCCAAAAUGCUGGACAAAAAGUUUAGAGGACCCCUGACGUGUCUAGUUGUAAUUAUUUUCAAAUAUAUAUUUACCACAAAUACGUCCAAUCAUCAAGUAACAAUAUUAAAUAAUACAUUAAAAACAAUCAAUACUGUAAAGUACAGAAAAACACUACAACUUACUGUAUUUUUGUGGAGCCACCAUCAUAACUUAAAAAAUUUCACCACAUGUAACAAACUACCGAGGUAGACGCUGUUGUCAAAUUUUUCAAACGAUUAAAUUUGACUGAUAAAUAGAAAGUCCAAUAUGCUGCAAUAUAGGACGCAGCGAUGCCCAACCCGAAUAGUCACCGUGUAAUAAAUUAGUAAACAUUGUCCAGCUGGCUGGACUUAUGGACUUAGGAGGUUAUAAAAAAAAUGUGUAUCCAAUAUUUCCAGUUUUGAUAAUAGUUAAACCAAACUCACCAGUGAAGUGUGUCAUAAGUUCGUAAUUGUUUGGACUUCACUUAAUAAAAAAACCUAUAAUUUGAAGUCUCGAAUACAUUUAUAUAUUCUCGAACAAUAAAAAGAUGUCAGGACUUAUUUUUACAAUCAUCUGCAUUUAAAAUGUCACUUUUAACUUCAUAACAUUCAUGAAUAUGUUUUGAAUCUGGCAGAAUAUCUUUGAGGUGCUUUUAUAAUUUUUGUAGUGCAAUUUUUUGCGCGUGCUAUAGUUAAUCAACAGUAUUAACAAUAUAAUGUACUCCAUACAUUUUAUACCAGUGUAUGUUUUGUUUAAAAUAUAUUUUAUCAAAUAUUA